AUGGCUACCGAAGACCCCGGCAGCGGCGGCACAGCAGACUCAUGCGCUGCAGGCGAGGGCCCGGGAACCAAUCUCCUACGCACCGGAGAGUGCGGUAACUCCUUACAUGAUGCUGGCGCUAAAGACAGCGAGACCGCCGCAAGCUGCGCAAAGAUUUCGGCUUCCGCUACGGAUUCUUCCGCCCCUCCCCCGGCCGUCGACGCUCAAUUGCCGGCGGGAGGAGAAGACGCCUCUGCCACCGUCCAAGGCAACGGCUCCGCUGCCACCCCAGAAGCGGAAACCCCACCAGAACAAAGCGAGCCACCGUCUCCCGCCGCCUCGGAUGCCGUAACUCCUACCGCGAGACCCACCCGCGCAGCGGGGCAGGCCAACGCCGCCGAUGAUACCGCCGCGACGAAGACUCCGGCCACGCAAGGCACCGGGGAGGCGGGAAACGAGGCGGCCACGCUGGCACCCUCGCCAUCGUCUUCGCCUCCCACACUUGCUGCUGCUACCCCCACGGAGGCGGCCCCCGCUGCCGUUUCGGGGAGUGCUCCGGCGGCGGAGGAGGAUGGGGGUGACGCGGUGGAGAUUUCGGCGGAGAGUCUCGGUACCGAUAGUGUAGCUGGUUCCGUUGAUAAAGAAGCUGCCGUGGAAACGGGAACGCAAGACGUGCCCGCGACGGAGUAUGACGUAGCUCCUCAAGAACAGUCGCAGGUAGAAGUGCAAGAAGCGGCAGGCGGGGAUGAGGUCGUUGCGGUAGAGGCAGCAGCGGCUGAGACUGACGUUGCCGAAGCAGCGGGUAGUCCUACUGAGAGCGUGGCUAGUGGGGUGGAGGAAGCCGUAGAGGUAGAUGCAGAGGCACUGGCCGAAAACGAAGCUGUCGAAGAAGACGACGCUGGCACUGAAAAGGACGAGGUGGCCGAAGAAACCCAAUCUGAAGGCGAAGAUUCCGCCGAGGAAGCUGCUGUUGCCCAAGGAGAGGUGGCGACGGCGGGAGGAGAAGAAGAAGCAGCAGCGGCUGUGGAAGUGGAAGGAGGCGAGGCGGCGCCGGGAGAAGCAGCGGCUGCUGGAGAAGUGGAAGGAGAGAAAGCGGCGCCGGAAGGAGAAGCAGCAGCAGCUGCUGAAGGACGAGCAACGUUGGCCGAAGGAGGACCCUCAGUUGUAACGGCCACGAAUGGAGUGCCUCCGGACGGCAGCGGAGGCGAGGCGCGGGAUGACGCCAGGAUGGAGGACGAUGACGGGCAAGAGCUGGCGGGCGCGGCCGGCGAGCGUGAAGGAGCAGACGCUGCUGCACGGGCCGAUGAGGAGGUUAAGAAGGAAGCGGUGGAGCCGAGCGGCGGCGGCGGCGCGGCGAAGAGAGACGGGGAUGAUGACGUUGUAGAUCUUUCGUUGACGGCCAUGGAUGUAGACGAAGAGCAGCAGCAGGCCGAGUCGCCGGCAGCGGUUGCGGUAAGCGAUGCUAAGGUAGACGACAAGAUCGACCCCGAUCCCACAAUGCAAGUCGAAGAGGGUACCCCAGCGGCGGCGGCGCACGGUGCAGUUGACAGCAACGCAGGGGUGCCGCCGGAGGUAGAAAGUGGUGCGUCCAACUCGGAAAGUAACGACGCAGGUAAAGGUGGGGUUGGUACGCAGGGUGACGCUACCCCUCAGGGAAAGGCAGCCGUCGAGGGCAAGCCGUCGGUGUCAGAAGCGGAAACAGUUGGCACCCCGGUCAAAGAGGGCAAAGAAACGGGAGCGGCUACAAGUAAGAAGGAGGAGCCUGGCGCAAAGCUUCAAGCGGGAAAAGAUGCCACCGCGGCGGCCGCCGCUGUUGCGUCGGAGGGAGCCGGAGACGAGGGAACCGGCGGUAAGACCAAGAAAAAGAAAAAGAAGGGCCAGGACGGAGGAGGCUCCGACAAGAAGAGCGAGAAGUCGGGGAGCGAUGGCGGUGGCGGUAAGAAAGGGUCCAAGAAGUCCGAGGCCGGGUCGUCCUCCAAGUCGGAGGCCAAGAAGGCCGCCGCCAGCGACAACGACCAGUCCUCCUCCCAGGGGUCCCCGCGAGCCCACAAGGAUAAGUCCGGCGGCAAGUCGUCCAAGUCUUCCAAGGGUUCCGGCAGCAAGCCGGACGGUGACAAGAAGAGCAGCAAGAAGAGCAGCAAAGGAGGCUCGUCCAAGAGCAAAGGCGACUCCAAGGCCAACCCCUCGGAGAAGGAUAAGGACAAGUCCUCGAAGAGUAAGAAGGGAGAGAGCGGGCGUGACAAGUCUGGUCGCGAGGCCGAGAAGCCCAGCAAGCGCAUGCUUGCGAUGGACCGCGUCGCCGCUACCGCCGGCAGCGGCAGCGGGCGCGCAGGCGCGCAGGACCGUUCUUUCGGGGGAAAUUCACGGCGCGGGGCCCCCCAGGGGUACGCGGCCCAGGCCGCCGACGAGGGCUACGCUGCUCGCGCCGCCCCCUCUUCCGGAGGGAAGGGGCGCGAGCUUGACGACGGCGCCAGAGACUCGUCGUCCAGGAACCGCGACGAGUUCAAGGAGUACGCCCUGGCGGUGCGGAAGAGGGACCGGCGCGGGCGGGUGGACGAGCAGCCGGACCCGAGGGAGAGGGUCGGCGGGAGGUCACACCGCGGGAAGGAUUAUUCCCAGGACGUGCGGAGCAGCGCCGACGACAAGCCGAUGUCGCGCUACCUGCCGGGCGACCUUCCCCCCAGCCGCCAGAGAUCCUCUCUGGGCCACGGCUCCCCCGAGAGCGCGGCUCGGAGCCCCAGGGGGCGAGGGAGCAGCAGAGACAAGUAUCGCCGCGGGGAUUCCCCUUCUGGCUCUUCGUCCCGGAGGGGGCGGAGGGAGCCCUCGCCGCGGGGCGCCGGUGACCGCGGCGGCGGGCGCGGGGACAGGCGCGGCCGCGAUUUCUCGCCCCCGUCGCGCGGGUCAGAGGGGGCCGCAGGCUGGGAACGCGGAGGGCGCGGGAAGCCCCAGCGUGGAGGGUCCCCCCGGAACAAGAAAGCUCGGUACCCGGGCGGCGAGGGGGGGGAGGGCGCGGAAGACUACGACUACGAGCGUUUCACCGGGGCGGCGUUGCACGAAGGGCACGAAGCCUUCGGCGGAGCGGGGGGCCCCGUGGAGGGGCCCGCUCGCCCCCGUCACCUGGAGAGGGACUACAAAGGCCCCGGCGGUAGGGGCGGCGGCGGCCGGGGCGGGGGCAGGGGGGGCCGGGGCAGGGGAGGGAGGGGCGACCACGACCCGAUGGCGGAGCCCGGGUUCCCGUCGCCGUACGAGACAGGGGGGCCCGGUCGAGGACGCGGUCGCAGGGGCGACAUGCCCGCUCCUGCCGGCCGCGUCGGCCGGGACGGGGGGAA